AUGGCAAAAACCCUAACAGAGCAGCAGCCAGGCCAAGCUCAGAAAGAGCAUAUGCUUUGGAGGGGACUACUGGAAGGACUUCAUGAACAUGUGCUCGAAACAAGCCACAAGAUAUUCAUCACUGUUGAGGUCAGCAUCACUGAAUAUCAUCUGGAUUGCCGAUUGCGAAGAGGCGCUUCCAGAGCGUUCUUUCUAGGGGUAGCGCUUGUGAAGGCCGUGCUUGCGUCCACACCCAGGGGACCUGCCCUAGUUUCACACCCAGCGCAGAAGCUCGCUGCAUUGGCACACCUUUUGAACGGCUCGCAUCAACUGCACCACAACCACCACAGAAAUCACGAGAAGUGA